UAUCGGCUACAUAUCAUGGCACUCACAUUUUCAUCAUCGCCGCUAUCGCCACCCUUUCUCUUCCUUCGUCCAAUUCGAAACCAUCCAAAAUUCUCCAUUUCUAUCCGCUGCUGUUCGUCGUCACCACAACCAAUGGACGACCCACAAACAAAGAAGCGCGUGGUGGUCUGCGGCGGAGGCGUAAUCGGUGUUUGCACGGCUUAUUUCCUUGCCAAGAAAGGCGCAGUCGUCACUCUCGUUGAAAAAUCUUCGGUAGCCUGUGCCGCUUCCGGGAAAGCCGGCGGAUUCCUCGCUCUAGACUGGUGCGACGGUGGUCCUGUCGAAUCACUCGCACGGGCCAGCUUUAAUCUCCACCGUUCACUCUCCGAAGAACUCAACGGUCCCGAAUCGUACGGAUAUCGACCAUUGACCGCUCUUAGCUUUACCAUAACCGAAUCAGGGUCUUCUUCUCCUUCCGGUUCCAAGUCGUCGGGUAACUCUAAAAUCCCGUCUUGGAUCGAUGGAUCGGCACGUGGGCCUAGAACAAUUGGGACGACCCAAACGACCGCCCAAGUACACCCUCAAUUAUUCACAAGAACUCUGUUAAACACGGCAGUCGAGAAAUACGGUGCGGAGGUGGUGAUUGGGAAAGUGGACCAGGUACGGGUUGAGGAGGGCCGAGUUGGGUCGGUGGUACUGGAUGGGGGGCGAAUUAUUGAGUCGGAAUCGGUUGUUUUGGCACUCGGCCCUUGGACCGGAAAGUUCGAUAUGUUCGCUUCGAUGUUCAGAGUUUAUGGUCUUAAGGCACAUAGUAUAGUAUUGCAGCCCAAAGAUCCUGCUAUUAUAACGCCCCAUGCCCUUUUUCUUAGCUAUUUUCCCCAGGUCGGUAAGGCCAUGGACCCCGAAGUUUACCCUCGCCCAACUGGGGAGGUGUAUAUAUGUGGGAUGUCAUCGGAGGAAGAGGUACCAGAUGAUCCAGAGCAAAUAGUAGGCAAUCCAGCAUCAAUAGCGAUGCUAAAGAGAGUGGCUAAAAAUAUAUCGAGCCAUCUGACCGAAGGAGAAGCAGGAGUGAAGGCAGAGCAAGCAUGUUUCUUGCCAUGUACCAACGACAGUGUGCCGAUAAUUGGAGAAGUUCCGGGGGUGAAAGGGUGUUAUGUUGCCACCGGUCAUAGUUGUUGGGGGAUACUCAAUGGUCCAGCAACUGGUGUUGCUGUGGCCGAGCUUGUUGUUGACGGACGUGCUACCAUUGUUGAUCUCAGUCGGUUUAGUCCUGCUAGAUUUGUGGGGCUGAGAAAAGUUAAUGUUUAACUUGGAUUUUCAGAUGCUGUUUUUAUCGAGUAAAUGAGAAUCAACGAAUGUUACUUUUAGUUGCUUCAUACUU